AUGAAGAAAGGAAUUCUUAUUUUCCAUUAUAUAUUAUGUGUUGUAAUGUCUACUGUUAUGUAUUAUGACAUAACAACGUGCGUCGCUAAUACGAACUCUUUUAAAAAAAGGAAAUUUCGUCCACACCGUGACCUAUCAUGCUCAGAUUAUGAGAAAGCUGAAAAAAAUGAAAAUGUUGUAAAGGUGAGAAAUCCAGUUAUUGAACAAAUUAAAACUCCAUAUUUUGUAAACAUAGCAGAUAGAAAAAAUUCUAGAUUAACAAACAUAAUUCUUGAAAAAUUUACAGGUCCAUACUUCCUGAAUAUAGCAAAUGAAUAUAAUUUGAACACAUCAAACAAAAUUGUUUCACGCGUAACAAGACCAAAUGCUGAAAACAUAAUAAAACUCAAUUUUGAAAACUUUACAAGAGAAAAAUGCCCCAAUGUAACAAGAGAAAAAAGUCCUAACAUAACAAGUGAAAAAGAAUCGACAUCCAACAUACCUAAAACGAAGCGAUUUGAAAAAUCAAAGUUCCAAAAAUUAAGGGACAAUAUUACCCUUUCAUUAAGUAAAAAAAAAAGUUCAAAUAAUAAGUUUAUGAGUAAAUUUCUAUUACCUAUAUUACAGGUUGUUCAAGGAAACCUAAGAGAAUGUGGUAAAAAAAAUAAUGUGGAAAGAGAACAAACAGAAGAAUCAUCCGAUGAAUGGAAGCAACAGCAGUUUCGAAAUUGGAUGAACAAAUUAGAUGAUGAUUACAAAGCUUGGAAUGAUUCAUUAAAGGAUGAUAAAAAAGAAUGGGUUAAUCAAAAAGAAUCUGUAUUUCAAAAUCUCCUAAAGAAAAUAAAUAUAAAUUUGUUAGAAUGGAACAAAGCAACUCUAAAAGAAAUAAAUAGAAACAAAAUUGUCUUAAACGAUUUGAACAGUAAAGAACAAUGGAAUAAGUGGUUUGACAUCAUAUGGAAACCUUAUAAUAGACAAACAUGGCUUGAUAUCUUAGAUUCAUACGACAAAAUUCGUAGCCAAUGGCAAUCUAAUCAAUGGAAAAAGUGGAAAGCGCAAAAAAUGACAGAAUGGAUGUUACAAAAAUGGAAAGUUGAAGAAGAAGAAAAAUGGGAACAAUGGGAAAGUAAAAAAUGGGCAAAAUACUUUCAGCGAGCAAAGAAAAAGGAAUGGAUAAGGUGGAUAAAAAGAAAUGAGAGAGAAAAUGCAGAGAUAAAUAAUUGGAUACGAAAUAAAGAAGAAUUGUCUUUACAAAGAGAUGAUUGGAUAGAAUGGGAUAAAUGGAAAGCAAGAAAAAUUAUAGCUUUGGAUAAAAAUUUGGAUUCUUUAAAAAAUAAAUGGAUUGCUGAAGAGAAGUGGAAGGUUUUUACAAGUGUAUCAUCAGAACAAAGGGAGGGAAAAAAAAACGUAGAAUAA